AUGUUAAAUAAUGUUGAAAAUCAGCACUUAAGCUUUGUCUCUUCUCCCCCAUCACACUUUCUUUCUUUCUUUCUUUCUUUCUUUCUUUCUUUCUUUCUUUGUAUCUCAGUCUGUUCGUAUCUAUCUAUCUAUCUAUCUAUCUAUCUAUCUAUCUAUCAUUUUGUUCAUAUCUAUCUAUCUUCGUUUUUUCAUAUCUAUCUAUCUAUCUAUCUAUCUAUCUAUCUAUCUAUCUAUCAUUUUGUUCAUAUCUAUCUAUCUUCGUUUUUUCAUAUCUAUCUAUCUAUCUAUCUAUCUAUCUAUCUAUCUAUCUAUCUAUCUAUCUAUCUCUGUUCAUAUCUCUCUAUCUAUCAUUUUCUAGCGAUGAUUUUGUUCAUAUCUAUAUCAUUCUGUUCAUAUCUAUCUUCGUUUUUUCAUAUCUAUCUAUCAUUUUGUUCAUAUCUAUAUCAUUCUGUUCAUAUCUAUCUAUCUUCGUUUUUUCAUAUCUAUCUAUCUAUCUAUCUAUCUAUCUAUCUAUCUCUGUUCAUAUCUAUCUAUCUAUCAUUUUGUUCAUAUCUAUAUCAUUCUGUUCAUAUCUAUCUAUCUAUCUAUCUAUCUAUCUAUCUAUCUAUCUAUCUCUGUUCAUAUCUAUCUAUCUAUCAUUUUCUAGCUAGCGAUCAUUUUGUUUAUAUCUAUAUCAUUCUGUUCAUAUCUAUCUUCGUUUUUUCAUAUCUAUCUAUCUAUCUAUCUAUCUAUCUAUCUAUCUAUCUAUCUUCGUUUUUUCGUAUCUAUCUAUCUAUCUAUCUAUCUAUCUAUCUAUCUAUCUAUCUAUCUAUCUGA